GCUGAAAACAAUUUCGUCCCGAAGCAGCCAUAGCCGCGGUGGUGAAUUCACUGAAUUGUAACCUUGAAUAGAUUUCAAUGGCGAGCGGAGGGGGUAACACGCAAGCCCCAUCGGCGCCCUACAAACCCUACCGUCUUAUGAAAACCUUAACGGCCCACAAUCAGUCCGUCUCCUGUGUCAAAUUCUCCAACGACGGCACCCUCCUGGCCUCCGCAUCCCUGGACAAAACCCUAAUUAUCUGGUCCACCUCCUCCUACUUACUCAUAACCCGCCUUGUCGGUCACUCGGAAGGUAUCUCCGAUCUCGCGUGGUCCUCAGAUUCCCACUACAUCUGCUCUGCGUCAGACGACAAAACUCUCCGUAUCUGGGACGCUCGUUCCCCCUUUGAAUGCCUAAAGAUUUUGAGGGGUCACUCGGGCUUCGUGUUCUGCGUGAACUUCAAUACGCGAUCAAACCUCAUCGUGUCGGGAUCCUUCGACGAGACGAUUCGUGUUUGGGAGGUGAGAACUGGUAAGUGCACAAGAGUAAUCAACGCUCACUCCAUGCCUGUGACGUCGGUGAAUUUUAACCGUGACGGUUCUCUGAUCGCCUCCGGUAGUUAUGAUGGGUGUUGCAAGAUCUGGGAUGUGGAGACUGGAGGCUGCUUGAAGUCGCACGCCGAGGAUAAUGGCAAGGCCGUUUCCUUCGUCAAGUUCUCUCCCAAUGGCAAAUUCAUUCUCCUUGCCACCCUAGACAGCACUCUGAAACUGUGGAACUACACGGCUGGCAAGUUCUUGAAAGUGUAUACUGGUCACUCCAACAAACAAUACUGCAUCACCUCUGCAUUCAGUGUGACGAAUGAGAAAUACAUAGUGAGUGGAUCAGAAGAUAACUGUGUUUACAUUUGGGAUCUGCAACAGAAAACCAUGCUUCAAAAGCUUGAAGGGCACACUGCCACUGUCAUUUCUGUAAGCUGCCAUCCUAUUGAGAACAAGAUUGCUUCUGCAGGCCUUGAUACCGAUAGAACCGUGCGAAUUUGGGUGCAAGAUGCCUGAACUUGAUCAUCUUCGACAAGGAGGUGCAUCCUUUUGAAUGCAGAAAAACAGACAAAAGAAGAAGAAGCUCUUAUGUUCUGAAUUUAAUUUACUGAUAAUUUAUGUCCAAUGCCUCAAAUCACUCUAGAUGAUCUUCUUAUUUUAUGAUGAGUUGUAAAUGUGAGACUGUAAACUAUAAAUUUUACAUAAGUGCUGAUAUUUUGUCA